AUGGGAGCGAUGGUUUCGACGUUGCGCAUGGCUCUACAGACGUUCAAGUCUCUCUUAAAUGACUUUGAAGUUGUUUCAAGUCGUAUUUCUGAAUCUCCAGGCAUACCACGUCCCAACAGUUCUAUUCCAUACUGGACAAUUCCAGCAUCCCCUAUCGCAAAUCACGGAAAGGACUCUGAUUUACUACAGGAAGUUGACGUUGUUAUUAUUGGAAGCGGUAUCACAGGAACUUCCAUUGCCAAAGCUCUUUUGGAGCAUAAAGACUCCCAAUCUGGCGAUACCACUGGGAGACUCAACGUUUUGAUGCUGGAGGCAAGAGAUGUAUGCUCAGGAGCAACUGGGAGAAACGGGGGGCAUGCUUCGCCCAUCAUUUAUAAUGAAUAUUUUGGUCUAAAGAAACAUCAUGGUGCUGCUGUCGCGCUGCAGAUAAUCCAGUUUCGUUUGGCCCAUAUUACGACCUUGCUCGAUGUUGCAAAAGAAGCAGGGUUGUUAAACGAAUCUCAAGCUAGGACCGUGGACAACUAUGAUGCCUUCAUACAGUCUAGUUUUUUCGCCAACGCAAAAGGCGAGUUAGAAAGGUUCAUGAAGGAGGUGCCUCCAGAAAUAGCUGCGCAAUUUGGGUCUACUGACGAUCGCGAGACUAUAGAGAAACUUCAACUUGCUACCUCUAUUAUUGGACUGAUUUCAAAGCCUGGAGCAUCCAUCCAUCCAUACCGCCUUGUCACUGGAAUUCUUUCAAAACUUCUGGAUCGAUUUCCAAACUUCAGGUUAUACUCACACACUCCAUGUACGGAAAUUUCGACUGAGAAUGGAAAGUAUGUUGUAACUACGCCAAAGGGGAAAAUACAGGCACGACAUAUCAUUCAUGCCACAAACGCUUGGUCGUCGCACCUCCUCCCUGGGCUUCGGAGAAAGAUCGUGCCCAUUAAAGCCCACAUGUCGACUCAAAGGCCAGGAAAGGGGCUCCAUGUAACAGACAAUGUUGAUAAUAUCAACCCUUUAGGCGCGCUGGAUUGGACUGGCCAACGUGCAUUCGUAUUCUACCCUGGUCAUGUCGAUUAUGCGUACGACUAUCUCACCCAGUUUUUACCUGCCCCAUCUUCUCAAACUGCCAUACUAUCCUCCGAUGACAAUGGGAACCCUCAUAGUGCUGCAAUAUUGCCGACCGCAGGGGAGUUUAUGUUUGGAGGUGGCCUCACUAUUGGCGGAAGUAGCGAAGCAGCCUUGAUGGCCGCUGUUGGGGUUGCAGAUGAUGAACAUACUGAUUUCGCUGUCGAAGCCUAUUUAAGUGGCGCCCUUCCGAUGUACUUUGGCCAGCAUUGGGGAGAAGAAGCUGACGGUAAAGUUAACGAUCCUUCUGGCUCUGAGUGGCAGAAAGGUCGCGUAAAGGCGCUAUGGACGGGCAUUGUUGCAAUAUCGGCCGAUGCAAACCCUUGGGUUGGACGUGUGCCUUUGUCUGUUUCAGGGCGUCCGGAGCCUCAACGACCAGAGAGCACACGGUUAACUUCGAAUGCAGAGUCAUUCCCUUUAUCCCAUUCUGGAGAAUGGAUAUCUGCUGGAUAUAGUGGUGAAGGCAUGGUACAUGCAUGGCUGUGUGGACGUGCUCUGGCGCACAUGAUACUUGGAGUUCCUGAUCAAGCAAGUAACCCAACUUUACCAGCACCUUUCUUCAUUACGGACAAAAGGGUUAAGCGAGCUAAGAUUGAAGAUUUUAUGGACAAUCUCUAA